AUGGCGAGCGUCGUGCUGACGUCGCCGCAUCUGGCCGCGCUUAUCGUUGGCUUCCAAUUUGGCGUCUACGCCGACGUCCAAAGCCGCUUUCUCGAGGCGAAUGUCUUCGCCAAGGCUGCAUUGGCGACAGCAGGCGACUGGUUCCACAACCGAUAUGUCUUUCCGCCCGGCUUUCGGCCGAUUCGAAGCGACGACGACGCGCCCAUCACGAGCAUCUUUGGCUGUAAGCUUGGCUUGGCGCGCGCUGGUCCCAAUGACGUUCGGUUUCCGCUGCACCUUGCCAUCUACGAAGGCGACGACGCCGCUGUGCGGCGCAUUCUGGCCUGUCGCCCGGACCUUGCCUUCGCCGAGGCCAUCGAGACGGCCUUUCUGUACAACCGCCUCGAGAUUGCGUCGUAUCUCAUGGACCAGCGGCGCUACCUCCCACAGCUCUCGCAGCGAUUCGAGCCGCUGAGAAUGGACGCGGCGUACGGGCCAUGCCUACUGGGCCGGGAGCUGCCGUCGUCGUGCAUUCCGCGUGGCAACGUCAGCCUCAUUCAGCUCCUGCGAACGUACACGACGAUCGGGUGGACGCCAAGCGUUCUCGAGAGCGCGGUGGCCGCCGGCAAGAGCGCGCUGGCAGUGUACCUCUGCACGCACACGCUCCAUGCCCACGGCUUUGCGUGCACGAGCAACACGAUCAUUCACGCUGCAGCGCGCGGUCGUCUCGACGUUGUCCAGUUCCUUGUGGAGCUCGGCGUCGCUGCGCCCCCGUACGCACUCACGCAAGCCGCCGCCAACGGACAUGUCGUCGUCGCCGCCUACUUGCUCGACAAACGCCCGUCCAGCGAUGCCGAGGUCGACGCCGUCUUUGCUGCUGCAGUGCAGCAUGGUCACUUUAACGUGGCAGCGACGCUACUCCGUCGAGCGACCGUGUCACCCAGCGCCGUUCUAACGGCGCUGCGGGAGCGCAACAUCAACGGCGCGCGCUGGCUGCUUGCACAUGGGUUUCCCUUGGAUGCCGCGGCGAUCGACGCGCCUCUACUUGCGACCCACGCGUACUUCCCCAUGCCGCUUCUCUUGUUCUUGUACGAGUGUGGCAUUGCGCUCCGCGCCGAGUGGACGCCCAGUCGAGGGCCGCGCUGGCCGUAG